AUGUCUUUCAAGAAAGUCCUCCUCGUCGGCGCGAAUGGAACACUAGGCUCAGUUCUUCUCGAAGGCCUCGUUUCCUCAAAAUCCUUCGAUGUCUCUGUCGCCAAACGUGAAUCAUCCAAAUCAACACCCGCGCACGCCGAAUCCAUCUCCAUCGUCACCAUCCCAGACGAUUUCGCAAUUGACGCUUUAGUUCCCGCCCUCAAAGGCCAAGAUGUUGUUAUUGCUUCGUUCCCUUUGACCAACGUUGUUGAUCAGCAUCUCCGCCUUGCUGAAGCCUCUGCAAAGGCGGGCGUGAAACGCUUUAUCCCUGCCGACUUUGGAAGCUGUGAUGCGCAGAGCGAGCAAGCAAAGAAGCUGCUCAAGCUUUACCGUGAUAAGGAUGAAGUGAGGAACAAGGCUAUCGAGCUUGCAAAGGAGUACCCUGGUUUCUCGUGGACGUCUAUCGUGUGUGGGCAUUUCUUCGACUAUGGAAUCCGCGAUGGCCUGCUACAUACCGAUCUCACGACCAAUACCGCUGUGAUCCUUGACAAGGGCGAUGUUCCAGCCUCAGCAUCCACACUCUCACGCGUCGCCGAGUCUCUAGUAGCAGUACUCAAGCACCCAGACAGCACAAAAAACCGCCUCCUCUACGUUCAAAGCUUCUGCAAGACACAACUGGAAGUGGUGGUAGCCCUCCAGAAAGCGACAGGUGUGGAGUGGAAGAAGGAGUUUGUGGACUCGGACGAUUUCCUGAAGGAGCAAACCGACAAGAUGGCCGUGAAAUACGAUCCUCAUGCAUUGGAGAAGAUUGUAUUUGUGCUGGGAGCACUAGACGCCGAGUGGCCCAAGAGGGGAAAUGCCUUUGCCAUGAAGGAAUUGGGACUUGAAGAUGAGGACCUUGACGAAGUUAUCACCAGCAUUGUUAAGCAGUGGAGGAAGGAGAGGGAGGGAAGUAGAAGAAGUGAUGGUAUGGGACUUGUUAUCUGA